AUGGUUGAAAUGAUUGAGAAAGGGGAAAUCAGUUCAGGUAAAGGUCUAAAUCAAGAAACUUCUUUGCAUAGACCAGGUGACACUCGAUGGGGAUCUCAUUAUAUUACUAUAGUUCGUCUUACAUCUAUGUGGCCCUCGAUAGUCAAAGUACUUGAAACAGUAUUUGAAGAUGGGGUCGAUCCAGAAAUAGGUGGCAAAUCUAAAGGGUUGCUUCAAAAGAUGGAAAAUUUUGAUUUUGUGUUUCUCAUGAUGUUGAUGAAACGCUUGUUGGGUAUGACUGAUGCACUAUCUUGUGCGCUGCAAUAUAAAGAUCAAAAUAUUUUGAAUGCUAUAAAUUUGAUAGUGAUUGUGAAAGAGGACUUGCAAGCAUUUCGAGAAUCUGGAUGGGAUGAUUUCUUGCAAGAAGUGGAAGCAUUUUGUCGGGCAAAUGAAAUUGAUGUUCCUAUCAUGGACGACAUUGUUCCAAGACGUAUUCGCAUGAAGAAUGAUGGAAAAACUAUUACAAACUAUCAUUAUUAUCGUGUUGUUGACUUAGUUAGUCAAGAAAUGAGGAAUCGUUUUUCUGAAUCCAGCACCGACUUACUCGAAUGUAUGGUAUGCCUUGAUCCAAGAAAUCAUUUCUCCAAUUUCAAUGUCGAUAAACUUGUUCAUCUUGCCACUCUUUAUCCGGAAGACUUUUCAUCCAUGGAGCUUAGCUUGUUAACUCAAGAACUUCGAAGUUUCGUGAGUGAUGCAAGAACAGAUACACGUUUCUCAGAUGUUGAAGAUUUAGGAACUCUUUCACAGAAGAUGGUUGAAAUGAUGAAAGAUAAGAUUUUCAAAUUGGUUUAUCGGUUGAUAAAAUUAGUCUUACUUUUACCAGUAGCGACAGCAUCUGUUGAAAGAGUGUUUUCUGCAAUGAAAUUUGUGAAGUCAGAGCUGCGAAAUAAGAUGGGAGAUGACUGGUUAAACGACGGUUUGAUGGUAUAUAGCGAGAAGGAGGUGUUUGCAACUAUUCCCAAUGAAAAGAUUUUUGAGUCGUUUUCAGAAAAUGGCUACUCGAAGAAGCCAACUAUCUCGCAUAACAUAAGAUUGUGUGAAUUUAAUGACAUGAAAUGCAGUUGA